CCAGAGGCCUGGUUUGGGGUCCCAAGAGUCUUGCUGUGGGGUCCCAGGGUCCUGGUUUGGGGUCCCAAGGUCCUGCUUGGGGGUCUUGGGUCUGUGCCUGGGGGCUCUGUGGGUCCUUGUGAUCCCUGGGGUCUGACCAUGGGUAUGGGGGGUCUGUGGUUGUGGUUAUGGUUGUGCCAGGGCCGUGUCCCCAAGGAGGCCCCAUCCACGGCAAUGGCGACCGAGGAGCCCCCCAACUUCUCCUGGGUGUCUAUGGGGCGGUUGGCGGCGCUGGCAAUGCCGCGGGCACCGGCACACUAUGAGUUCCUGGUGCACCAGGGUGUGCGGCACCUGGUGUCCCUGACCGAGCGGGACCCCCCUCACCACGGCACCUGCACCGGUAUCCGGCUGCACCGGAUCCGUGUGCCAGACUUCACCGCGCCCACACCGGCACAGAUCCGGAGCUUCCUGCGCCUGGUGGACGUGGCCAAUGCCCGUGGGGAGGCGGUGGCCGUACACUGCAUGCUGGGCCAUGGCCGCACCGGCACCAUGCUGGCGUGCUACCUGGCCAAGGAGCAGGGCUUGGAUGGUGCCGGUGCCAUCCGGGAGAUCCGGCGGCUGCGGCCUGGCUCCAUCGAGACCCGGGAGCAGGAGGAAGCCGUGAUCCGGUUCUGCCGGUGCCAGGGCACCGGGGAGGACCAGGAGGAGCCGUGAGCAGCCCCCGCUCAAUGGAGACAGUGGCUUGGAAUGAUGGAAGUGCCAUUCCCAGAUUCCCAUUCCUCCUCCGGCAUUAAAGGACUCUCCUGUG